GUGACAUCUCCCAGUUUAGAUCGACUGUGGUCCUUCGUGUGUGACAUAACAAAGGGACACAAUGUCAGCAGUACAUCGUGGAAUAAAAAAAACCUGGAUCUCCUGGCUGUUGGCUAUGGGCACUUUGGCUUCAAAGAACAAAAAGCUGGAUUGGCGUGUUGCUGGUCACUGAAGAACACAGCAUGGCCAGAGAGGAUAUUCCAUUGUGAAAGUGGGGUCACAGCUUUGGACUUUUCAGCAGCCUCUCCGAAUCUUUUGGCUGUUGGGAUGUAUGAUGGCACAGUAGCAAUUUACAAUGUACAGAACAAAGAUGACGUCCCAGUCCUAGACAGCAGUGACAACCCCAAUAAACAUACGUGUCCGGUGUGGCAGCUAAAGUGGAUCGAACAGGAUCACAACCGCCUGGGGGAGGAUAAUGGAGAGAUCCUGGUGUCUAUAUGUGCAGAUGGCAGGAUAACAAGAUGGCAUAUCCGGAAGGGGCUGGACUGUAGUGAUCUGAUGAGAUUAAAGCGCACAGGAAGCGACCGAUCGAAAAAAUCGGCCGGAGAGAAAGAGAUGAAAGGGGAAGCAUUCAUCUCCCGGCAGGCUCCUGGGAUGUGUUUUGACUUCCUUCCUGCGGACUGUAAUAUUUACCUUGCUGGUACAGAAGAGGGUCACAUACACAAGUGUUCCUGCUCAUACAACGAACAGUUUCUGGAUACCUACAAGGCACAUAAGGGUCCGGUCUAUAAGCUGGCGUGGUCUCCCUUCUGCCCAGACGUGUUCCUCAGUUGCUCAGCAGACUGGAGUAUUCACUUGUGGCGUCAGGACAUCCUGAAACCCAUCUUAACGUUCUCGGCCACUACAAACGCUGUCCAUGACAUCAUGUGGUCUCCCACCUCGCCCCUGGUAUUUGGAGCAGUGACUGAGAAUAGGGUGGAGAUCUGGGAUUUAGGUGUCAGCAUACUAGACCCGAUCAUUGUGAGUUCUGCCAAACCUGGAGUGAGACUCACGACACUGCUCUUCGCUAAGAACACAAACUGCGUCCUGAUAGGAGACAGCGAUGGACAAGUUAGUGUGUACACGCUGAGAAAUGUCUCAAGUUCGGAUGCAUCACAGGUGAACGCUUUAUAUGAUCUCAUCGGAGCAACUCUAGCAAGUCAGCUGUAA